AUGGGUUGGUAUUUAUGCUCUUUCAAGUCAUUGGAGGCAAUGGAAGGAGUGAUAUCUGGAGGGCCUUGGUUUGUUAAUGGCCACAUUGUGGGAAUGGAAAGAUGGGCAAUUGAUUUUUCUCCUAGCUCAACGAAAGGACUAACUUCUCCGAUAUGGAUUAGAAUGCCACAAUUACCUCUUCAAUGUUGGGAUGAAAACAAUGUGGCUAUGAUUACUUCUAUGAUAGGUGUUCCCUUGAUGUUGGAUGGAAACAAGUUCCAAUGGGGAAGGAGGGAGUUUGCUAGGUUUUGUGUUCGUGUGGAGCUAGACAAACCACUUCCCCUGGGUGUUUGGGUGGAAGGAUUGGGUGGGAGAUUCUUUCAAAAAGUUGAAUACGAAAGAAUUUCAUCUUUUUGUUAUGAAGGUGGCUUGAUAGGGCAUGAUAAAAGCAAAUGUAAUAAGAGUAAAGUGGUGGAGAAUAAAAUUGUGGAUACUUCUAGUACUCUAAGCCAAGGUAACAAAAAACAUGAUAAGGAGAUGAAAGAUAGUUAUGGUCCAUGGGUCCAUGCAAACUAUAGAAGAAACAAAAUGCUUAACAGGGAAAUGCCCAAGCUGAGACCAAUUCAGGAAAAAGCAUAA